UUGCAGGCUGCGUGUGUGUGCGUGUGAUGGGUGGACUUUAACCACAGAUGUUCACAGUAGGCUAUAUCCGUUUACCAGAAACCCUUUCAGCAGACAGAGCCUCCUCUCACUUCAAACCUCAGCAACUACACACUUCUAUUUUUCCCAAUAUUUUGAGAGUCGGUUGAGUUUUUUUUUUUGUUUUGUUAUUGUUAUAUUAUUAUCAUUAUACAUUUUUAAAAGCAGCCAUGAUCAGCCGGAACUUCAAGAACGUGCUGGUGGUCUCCGUUGGGUUCCUGUCCCUGUUCACGGCAUAUGGAGGCCUACAGAGUUUACAGAGCAGUCUGAAUGCAGAGGAGGGGAUGGGUGUAACCUCACUGAGUGUGAUCUAUGCCGCCAUCAUCGUCUCCUCCAUGUUCCUGCCUCCCCUCAUGAUCAAGAACCUGGGCUGUAAAUGGACCAUUGUCGCUGGGAUGGCCUGUUACGUCUCAUACUCUUUUGGAAAUCUUUACCCUGGAUGGUACACCCUCAUGCCCACCUCGGUGAUCCUGGGUUUGGGCGGCUCCCCUCUGUGGUCGGCUAAAUGCACAUACCUGACCAUCUCUGGGAACCUGCAAGCCGCCAAAGACGGCAAAAAGGGUUCUGACGUGAUCAACAGUUACUUUGGCAUCUUCUUUUUCAUCUUCCAGUCGUCUGCCGUGUGGGGGAACCUCAUGUCGUCGCUCAUCUUUGGACAGGACACCAAUAUAGCUGACAUCCCCGAGGAGAUCCUGCAGACCUGCGGAGCCGCCGACUGUGGUCUGAACGUGUCGGCGAGCGGUACCUCCACCAGACCCACGCAGGAGCUGGUGUGGACGCUCGUCGGCUGCUACAUCGGCGUGGGUGUGCUGGCCAUGCUCAUCGUGGCGAUCUUCCUGGACAACAUUGACCAGGAGCAGACCAGCCAGUUCCGGGAGAACCGGGAACCGUUCUGCCACACGUUCCUGGCCACGUUCCGGCUCCUGAAGGACUGGAGGCUCCUCACGCUCAUCCCCCUCACCAUGUACAGCGGCUUCGAGCAGAGCUUCCUCUCCGGGGAGUACACCAAGAACUAUGUGACCUGCGCUUUGGGAAUCCACUUCGUUGGAUUCGUGAUGAUGUGUUUUGGAGCUUCAAAUUCUCUUUUCUCCUUCCUGUUUGGGAAAAUUGCUCGGUACUCUGGGCGAGCCCCGCUCUUCUUUCUGGCUGCUGCGGCCAACUUUGCGUGCAUAAUCGCUCUCUUGUACUGGAGGCCUCAUCCUGACCAGCUGCCCAUCUUUUUUGUGUUUCCUGCACUGUGGGGUAUGGCAGACGCGAUCUGGCAAACUCAGACUAACGCUCUGUACGGAGUCCUCUUCCCAAGGCACAAAGAGGCAGCGUUUGCCAACUACAGGAUGUGGGAGUCCCUGGGUUUCGUCAUUGCCUUUGCCUACAGCACAUUUCUGUGCCUGGAAUACAAACUAUACAUCCUGCUCGCUGUUCUGGUGCUGACCAUCAUCACUUACCCCAUAGUGGAGUACUACGAGCACAAGCACCCCACAGAGCCCAUCGAAGACGCACUCUACCAAAGACACGCUGAAACCAGCAACACAAAGAUAGAUGAGAUCAUCGCCCAGACAUAUAUGUAAACAUAUCCCCAGUGAUUGCCUUCACAUUAGCUAAGCUGCUAAUCAGUGGUUCUUUUUCUUUUUGUACAUUUAUUAAUCAUCAUGUAUUAAAACCGUCACAAUUAAAUGUAAAUAUGUUAAUAUUUCAAGGACUGCUUUGUCGAUUAUAAAUCUUUUGACAGUG